UAGUAUGUUUGGUAGCAUCCCUGGUCUCUUCCUACUAGUGCCAGUAGCACCUCCCCCCCAGUUAUGCCAACCAAAGAUAGCCCCAAGACAUAGCCAAAAGUCCCCUGGGCAGCAAAAUCACCCAAGCUGAGAACCACGGACUUACGGAUGCCUCUCCGCCAGCCCUCUGCCACAGUUGUGGUCAUUCUACUCUCUGGUUUCUCCAUGUUGCCAGCCCAGCUCACAGCCUCCUCCCCCUGAUUGUGCUCUGCUCAGCUAAUGAGGUGGAAAGUUGCCAACAGGAAGGUGGAAUCAGUGGGGAAUAGGGCAGAGCUGGAGUCAGGUGUGACCUUGGUAGUGGCUGAGCACUGCAACACACAGAUGGGUGUGUAUUUUUGGUGGCAGCUAAUGAUUAGACUUGAAUGUACUUUGACAUGAAAGUGAGCUGACAGAGUGACACCGGUGGUCCUAGCACACAAAACAGCUUAGGUCCAUGGCCCAAAAUGCCUCUACCACUGGAGACUCUCUUCUGUAAAGAAGACGACCAGACAGGAGGCUGGGAUGAGCAUGCCACUGCAUCCACUGUCUGCCAUUCCUUCUCAGGAUGCCACCUGUUCUAGAGUCUACAGAAGUAAGACCAAAGAAAAGGAGAGGGAAGAGCAGAAUGAGAAGACUUUGGGACAUCCCAUGAGUCAUUCAAGUAGCAUUUCUAAGGUCGGGGGUCCUCCGCUGGUGCUGGCUCCCGUGCCCGCCUUCUCUCGCUCUUCUGUCACACCUUCCAGUCAGGACAUCUGCAGUUCCAGGGCAGUGUGUUCUGGGUGUUGUCACCACAGCCCCAUGCAGGCUGCUGUUGUCCUGAAAGCGGCUCGGGGCCCGAGCUCUCUGGCGCCAGGGCUCACAGUGACCGUGCUCUGUGCAGACACACUGCCCGCGCCACCGAGGACCCCGGGCGGCUCCGAGUGGGCCCCGGCCGUGAAGCCUGCUCAGAGCAGCAGAGCCAGAAGGACGCUCAAGUGCUCCAAGUCCCUGAACGAUGUGGGCGAGAAGGCCCAGGACAGCGUGGGAAACUUUGGCUAUGUGGAAAGAACGUGCUCUGAAGGGAAGUUGAUACUCUCUCAAGAUCCGUGUCUCAGAAUUAACAGGUUCCAUCAUAAACAGAAAAGAACUCUGAAUUGCAAACCUCUUGGCCAUUCCAAACAUCCUUGUGUUCCAUCCCUAUUUGCCAAUCGCCCAGCUGCCUCAGAGGUGGAGGGUGGCCAGGGGGGCAUGCAUGUCCCUCUUCUGGAAGAGAAAGUAGAUGAGGAGGCCGUUUCCAGAAGCCGGCGGCUGCUCAGGUACCUGUUCUCCCUCUCGCGUGGCUCGAGCGCCAGCAGCCUGCACAGGUUCCACGAGCUGGAGAGCGGGGCGGCCCACCUGCGCAGCGCCAAGUCCUCCAGCGGGCUGGCCGGCAGCGCGGGCUUCUGCUCUGACGACAUGGGAGAUGACGACGUCUUUGAGGACAACACAUCCGCAAGAUCGAAGAGGAAGGCCCUGCGGGCACCCCUCUGCUCCGUGGAGAAGGACAGUGACCUGGACUGUUCCUCUCCCCUCUCUGAAAAAUGCCCCCCCAUCUCUCCCGUGUCCACGUCAGGGGAUGCCUGCAGAAUCUGCCACUGUGAGGGGGACGACGAGAGCCCUCUGAUCACGCCCUGCCACUGCACGGGGAGCCUGCACUUCGUGCACCAGGCCUGCCUGCAGCAGUGGAUCAAGAGCUCCGACACGCGCUGCUGCGAGCUCUGCAAGUACGAGUUCAUCAUGGAGACCAGGCUGAAGCCGCUGAGAAAAUGGGAGAAGCUGCAGAUGACGGCCAGCGAGCGCAGGAAGAUCAUGUGCUCGGUGACGUUCCACGUGAUCGCCAUCACCUGCGUGGUCUGGUCCUUGUAUGUGCUCAUCGACCGCACCACCGAGGAGAUCAAGCAGGGGCAGGCGACAGGAAUCUUGGAGUGGCCUUUUUGGACUAAGUUGGUGGUGGUGGCCAUCGGCUUUACGGGCGGACUUCUUUUUAUGUACGUUCAGUGCAAAGUGUAUGUACAAUUGUGGAAGAGACUCAAGGCUUACAACAGAGUAAUCUAUGUUCAGAACUGUCCAGAAACAAGCAAAAAGAAUAUUUUUGAAAAACCUGCCCUCUCAGAGCCCAACUUUGAAAAUAAAGAUGGGCGUGGAGUCUGCCAUUCCGACACCAACUCCAGUUGCACAGAACCCGAGGACGCCGGAGCGGAAAUCGUCCCCGUCUGAGCGGGGAGGGAGCGGCCUUCCCGGACGUCCACAGUGGCGAAGGGAACCGGUGCCUGCCAUCGCGUACCUUCUCCCCCGUGCUGUUAGCACAGCCUGGCCGGCGACUGUUGUCAGUGCUCUUCUCAGCCCUCCUUGCUGAUCUCCUGGGGAGCUCACAGAGGCUGCGUGCCUGGGCACCACUUCCGCAGCAGGCCUAUGGGGGGGGAGGGGGCGGGGGAGGCGGAGCCCGUGACACCAGACAGGGAGCUGCCAUGGUCUUGAGCAGAAUGAGAGAAUAACGUGUCAGGCCUGAGGAGGCGCGGCAGCAGGGGGCACCGGGCCCUGAGGUGCAGCUCGCCCGGUUGGCAGCAGGCCAGCCUGGCUUGCAGUGCUCGGAGUGUCGUCACGGUGCGAGGACCCCUCCUCCCGGGAGAGCCCAGAGGUGCUCCCACUGCCCACACUGCCUGCGUCCUCCCCACAGGUGGCCGUGGCGCUCUGUGCGUGGUGGCAGGCGAGCCACUGAGCAAACAGCACUUUACAAAAGGAGAAUCUUUAUUUUAUGUUUCCAGUAAGACUGGUAUUUAAAAGAAUGUUUCAUUUGGAAACCUCUUCACUCACGACCCUGACGAUCACUUCCAUGUUAUAAUAGAUCUGAAGCCCUCUCUGCCUUACGUAUUCUAAGAAACGUGACAUCUCCUCUGUGUCCGUUAAAGGGACUUGUGACCGUAAAGCAGGACAAUAGGUCUGACGCUUUCUCCUAACAUUUCAGGGAAUGAAUGGAUUCUAAAUGGCGGCUUGAGCAUAGUUCUGUGGUUUCAAGCCUGUGUUACGACAGGUCUUACAAACAUUUCUUUUUUUGUCAACACUGAAAAGAAAGGGCUUAUGGGGUCUAAAUGAAAGGAAAAGUGAAUAAUUAAAACAAACUGAAUAUUUAAAAACCAUUCCUUUCCAGACAAGCCUCUCUGCCUUGUGCUGGCUUCACACUGAAGAGCAGGCAUGCCCACCUGGCCUGGGGGUGCACCCCGCAGGUCUCAGGGACCCCUGCGCCUCAGCCAGCUCCUGCUCCAGAGGUGCUGCCCAGGGCAGAGGCAGGCAGGCUGGCUGACAGCGACUGCCGUAGCUCACUGUGUCCCUGCCCUCAGCCACACCCCAGCCCUGGUCGCCUUAACUGGACUGAACAGAGAUGAUCUUUUUGGGGCCCUGGCCUUGUGAUCAGUCUGUUCUGUCUUCAGGGAUGCUCUCCCUUCCAUUUUUCAUACAACAAACAAAACCAAAAUCACUACCGUCAAAUGGCUUUUGUCCCUUAAAGAAUCUACUUAAAAUUCUGUUUUUAAAAUUAGUGUCAUUGCCCAGGGACAUGGUUAACGCCAGGAGAAGGCGAGGAGGACCUCAGUGCAGUGUGGGUUUGCCUGGUGCUCACUUUCCCAGCGACUCUGCCUCCCGGUGCCCACCUCCUUGAGGGAGGGGGCGGAGAGGUGCCCAGGGCCUGCCCUAGUGCUUUGAACCUGACGCCUGGCCUGUGUGCUGAGAGGAAAGCCAGGAGGCCGCAGGGUGUCAGCCCUGGGCUGACUGCCUAGGAGCAGACUGCUCUCUGCCACCUCCUCCCCCCGAGAUCCAGCUCAGGGUCCCGGGCUCUGAUCUGAGGAGCGGCUCUGCGUGACCUUCCUCGCCUGGGCAGCCAGGGCCCCGCCCAGCCCUGCACAUGGGUCAGCUCUCCCUCUCGCCGUCUCCCAGGCCCCAUCCAGCCCAGGCCCGUGUUCACUGUGCCCCAAAGUGCAAUUACCCCCCCCCCCCCUCAGCCUGGGACCAGGCGGACCAUUCACUCAGGGUUGCUGAAUCCUGGUCAUCCCUGGCUGCCCCUUAGGAGUGGCCUCACCACGGCCGUCUCUGUCCCCCUCUGACCGCGGAUGAGUGUCAGGUGAAGAUGGGUAGGUUUUUAAGUGAGGUCCUGCCCUCUCCCCCGAGGGAACGGCUUAUGCUGAACUUGAAAAAUACGGAGACUUCCCACCGAGGGGUAAGUGUGCUCCGGCCCCAGCAGCUCCGGCAGCCUCCCCAUGAGGCUGGCACCCGUUGUGACAGGCAGGGAGGCGCCCUGUGACCGCCACUGUGUUGCUCUCACGCCCAACAGAGUUUUAUGUGAACCUGCUGUUCAGGAAGGCCCGCCACCCUCUCAUCACCUGCUGCCAGGUUCCCCAAGCCCUUCUUCCUCUCCCGAAGGACACAAAGUGCUCCCUCGCCGUCUGGGCCUGCAGGUCUCCUUGAGCCUUUGGCCCUCCUCAGUCCUAGCUCUGCUCUUCCCGGCCUAAGGGAGGCCUGGCAGCGUGUGCUGUGCUGCCAACCCAGUGGGGACAGCGGAGCUGCCAGGCACUCCCUUCCGUCUCUCACUUGCCCUCUCAGUACUUUGGGGGUUAAUCCCUGGUUUCCCCUCCUUUGCACCUGGCUUUACCGGGAGGCAGCAUUUGGCUGAACCAUAUAGAAACGAGGUGAGCUUGCAGGUCUCGGGGCCAAGAGGACUGGGACCUGUGGGCCUGCAAGGAGGAGACGAAACGGCCCUCGGGAGUCACCACCAGCCUUUAUUCCCCCAAAGUUACAGCACAACUCAAGGGGUCUGACUUCUUCGGCUGCCAGCAGUAAUUUGGGUUUUGUGCCCGAGUUUAAAACGUUCCUAAAAACUGUAAAAGGUCUCUUCCUACUCCAGGCCUCUAGCAUGCCUUCUCCCACUUUUUCCCCCUCCAAUCCACAUUUGUCAACCGUAUGGGUCUAAUUUUCAAACCUCAGGUGCACCCUUCCUGGCUACAGGUGUGCAGGCAGCGGGCCACUUCGAGCCUCGGGCAAUGCCUGACGGGGUUGGAGCUCCUGAGCCUGGUGGGCAGCUGCCCGCUAGGAGGCCUGGGCACCGCAGGGCGGACACCAUGAUGCUGGGGAGCUGGCCUGAUGCAAACACGUUUGAAAUAGUUGCCCUUUGGGUCUGAUUUGAAAUAGGCAGCUUCCACCUCUCGCCCAGGGAAGAUCGAAACAGCUCACCACCUGUUUAGAUGCAAUGUUUCUAGAAUGUUGAUUGUUAAUAAAAACCAAAUUUCACUGGCACGCGUGGCAUAGUUUCUAAAAGGCGCUUGGGGAGUUUCUCGUUCUCUGAUGUCGAGUUUUGUAUCCUUUUGUGUGUGCGCUGUUUCUCAGUAUUACCACUUGAAUAAUCCUCGGGGGUGUCUAAAUGCAGCAAUAAAACGUUUCUUUAAAAA